AUCAGCCAAAGCCAUUUAGGGUCAUCAAUUGCCAGGGUCGUGGUCGUGGAAAAUCGGCAGCAGGAGCGCCGAACGAAGCCAUAUGCACCGCAGCAUGGAGCGCAGGAGGAGCAGGACCCCGAAGACUCUGCCAGUCUGUUGGAUGCUGCUGUGCCUGGUGGCCUGGACUUUGGCGGAUGACUGGUCGCUGAGCUGCGCCUCCAACUGCACCUGCAAGUGGACCAAUGGAAAGAAGUCGGCCAUCUGCAGUUCCCUGCAGCUGACCACCAUUCCGAACACCCUGAGCACGGAACUGCAGGUGCUGGUGCUGAAUGACAACCACAUACCUUAUCUCAACCGGGAGGAGUUCUUCACCCUGGGCCUGCUGAACCUGCAGCGCAUUUACCUCAAGAAAUCCGAGGUGCAUUACAUACACAAGGAGUCGUUUCGAAAUCUCAAGAUCCUGGUGGAGAUCGACUUGUCGGACAACAAGCUGGAGAUGCUGGACAAGGACACAUUCAUGGGCAACGAUCGUCUGCGGAUACUGUAUCUGAAUGGGAAUCCCCUCAAGCGCCUGGCCGCCUAUCAGUUUCCCAUACUGCCCCACCUGCGCACCUUGGACAUGCACGACUGCCUGAUCUCCUACAUUGAUCCCAUGUCCCUGGCCAAUCUCAAUCUGCUGGAGUUCCUCAACCUGAAGAACAACCUGCUGGAGAGCCUGAGCGAGUACGUCUUCCAGCACAUGAACAACUUGAAGACGCUCUCGCUGGAGGAAAAUCCCUGGCAGUGCAACUGCAAGUUGCGAAAGUUCAGGGGUUGGUAUGUCACCAGUCGCCUGAGUUCGGUGAGUCUGGUGUGCAAAGGACCGCCGGCUCAGAAGGAUCGCUCCUGGGACAGCGUGGAUGAUGAGCUCUUUGGCUGUCCUCCGAGAGUGGAGAUCUUUAACAACGAGGAGGUGCAGAACAUUGAUAUCGGCAGUAAUACCACCUUCAGUUGCCUGGUCUAUGGUGAUCCUUUGCCAGAGGUCGCCUGGGAACUGAACGGAAAGAUCUUGGACAACGACAACGUGCUCUUCGACUCGGAGAGCAUCGCGUCGGACAAGCUGUGGAGCAAUCUCACCGUAUUCAACGUGACUAGUCUGGAUGCUGGCACCUACGCCUGCACGGGCUCGAAUGCCAUCGGUAGCAUGACCCAGAACAUCAGCAUCUACCUCAGCGAAAUCGUUCAGCAUGUCCUGGAGAAGACACCUGAGACGUUCUGGUACUUCGGCCUUAUCAUGGGAAUCUUUGGCACCGUCUUUCUGCUGAUCUCCAUCUCGUUUGUGGUGUGUCUGUGCAAACGCACCACCCGGCAGCAUAGGCAUGCCAACAAGGCCGGUGUGAAGUCCAGUGUGAGCUUUAAUGAUCAGGAAAAGAAGCUGCUGGACUCAAGUGUUACCACAACCACCAAUGAACGAGGCGACAGCUACGGCAUCGACAACCAACCCACCUCCCACAUGGGCCUGAACAAGGCGGACUCGGCCGGCAUGGGCUUUAACCAGAUAGAGAUCCAUGCGGUGGAGAGCCAUCGUCAUGGCAGCAUGUUGGUGCAGCAGCAGCCGCAGCAGCAGCAGGUGGCCGGAGGUCCUGGCAUGCGGCAGCAACUGAUGCAGGUCAAGGAUCCCACCUGCGGCGGAAUGAUGAGUGUGCCCACCUCGAUGGCUGGCCACGCCCACUCUCAUCCUGCCCAGAUCUCCGAGGAGUUUCCGCUUAACGUGGGCGUUUUUCCACCGCCACCAGAGUUCUGUUCGAACAUAGUACCGAAUCCUGCCUUCGGGGGCAACAUUUUCAUUCGUGUAUCUGUUACCCAGGACAUGCUGGAUGGUGCGGACCUGAACAUGUAUCCGGAUCUGCUGAAUAUUCCCAAGAGAAUGCAGGAUGUGCAGGAGACGGGUGCCGGUACGGUGGCCGUGCCAGAGGGUCAGUUUGCUACGUUACCCAGGCAUACAACCAGAAGGGGUAUACUGAAAAAGGACACCUCUCUGCAGCAGCAGCAGCAACAACAUCAGCAACAUCAGCAACACCUGCAACUUCAACAACAUCAGCAAUCCGGACUCUAUACUCAUGACGAAAUCGUGACCUACAACCUGGAGGCCAGUGUCUAUGACCCCCACCAGCCGGCGUACCACAGCAAUGCCAUGGAGCUGCCACCGCCCCCGCCACCGCCCGCCGUCACAGCGGUGGUGCAGUGCCACCACCCGAGUCCUAGCAACUGUGCCAGCUGCAUCAACAGCGCUUCGCCGCAGCCAUCCGCCUGCCAAUCGCCGUCGCCCAUGGAGGUCACGCCCAUGCGACCGCUGGAGAGUUCCGCGUUUCCCAAGUACGACAACAUGGGACGAAGGAUCACCGCCAGCGGCGCACUGGGUGCAUCCACCCUUUCCCUGCCCGACGAAGAGCGGUACGAGAACGAGACGCUCUUCGGCCAGGCGGAGGCUCAGUCCAAGGGAAUCGCGGAGCAGGCGCAGGAUCUCCACCAGCCGCAGGAGGCGACUCAGGGCAAAGACAAGGGCGGCGGUCCUGGCGAGUUCGUGUCGCUCUAGUAUUACGGUACCCAGGUGUAAAUAGGUCAAUAGACUCGUUUCCCCAAUCGUUUGGUUCAUAUCAGUUUGAGAAGCGAGUGCCCAAAAUGAAAAUAUGUAAAUGUAAGAACCACGCAAUCUAUUGACUGCAUUACAGCAUCCUGGAGCACUAGAAACCAAAGAGCAAGUCACUUAAAUUCAAAAGGAUGUAUUGGCAGGACUGUUUGGGCUUUCUUGUAAAAGGAUUUUUUCAUUUUUUAAUUACCGUACCCUGAAAAUUGGCUCCAUGUAUGUAUUAUUUGUUUGUUAUUAUUUUAUCUAAUCUAUCUAUCUAAAUGAUUUAUGGAUUUAUAUUUAUAAUUUAUAUUAACAUACUUUAUUUUUUGUCGUUGUGAAACCAAGAAAUCUUUAAAACUAGAUUUUUUCUUAAUAUUAUUUUAAAGCUUGAACUCUGGUAUUUUUCAAAUACUUAAUCUUAAUCCAAAAUCAAACAAAAUUUGUGAAAUUAAAAACCCAAUUGUUUCUGGCAGAAAACUCCAAUCAAAAUCAAAGAAUUUAAGAAUGUUAAGUUAACAGCGAGGCAAGCAAAGUUUACAUAUGUUUUCCAUUCGGAUCGCACUCUCAGACUAGAUACCUUUAAAGAAAAUACUUUCAACAUUUAUAGCGUACUUCAUUAGAGAUCUCUAUACUGUCCCAAUCCUAGCUAGCAUUUGAUAUUAGUCCACUUGAUGUCUGUACAUUUAUAGAGAUCGAUAGCGAUGUAUUCUAGCAGGUAUAGCGACCAAAACUGAUCUUCAUAAAGUGUAUAGUACGAGUAACCGCAUAUUAUUAUAUCCAAAGCUGGUCAAGUCUUAGACAUAUUGCUUCUGGGGUGCUAGAGUUUUAGUGAAAGUAUCUAUUUACGUUUAAGAGAUCAGUCACUGAAUAGGAUUAGAAUUUGUUUUUGAUGGAACCAGAAACAUAAACAAUAGAUAUGCAUGUAUACAAAAUGUUAGCAAGAUCUAUUAGAACCCAUAUACAUAUACGCCCAUAUAACCACCUUCGAUGUGCAAUGGAUAUAUAAAUACAUUAUCUAGUUUUUAGCCCCUAAAAAUGUUCCUUUCUUGUACAUAUGUAAAUGUUUUACUAAUUGCUUAGAGACUUUUAAAUCAUAGUAAUAUUAUGCUCAAUAACCUAAAAAGUAUCGCAUAUACAAAAAUUCAUGCCAAACGUUUUUAAAGUCUGUUUUAACCUGUUAGGGCUAUUUUUGAUUAUAAAACCGUAGGAUUUGCUGAACACUUAGUACCUUUGAUUUAGUCAAUCUUAAAUUUAGACCACUCCUAUCCGAGCAAGCAGAAUAGAACAUUUUCGGUUUACCAAUCGCCCCAAUUUUACACUCGAAAUCCUGUAAGUAGACUAAAGAUAAGUCUAGUACACUAUCUAUAUAAAUAACUGCAUACGUUUGUACUUGUGUGUAAUCUGAAUGUAGAAAGAAAUGAAUUACAAAUACGAUCUAAGCGAGGCUAUAUCGAUGUGUAUAUCUUAUAUAUAGUAUAUAUGUUUGAACACACAAGAACAGAGACCGCAUUAAAUGGAUUUUUUGUGUCUGUAGAAAGUUUCAAAUUCGAGCUUGGUAAUGUAAAAUGUAAGCUAUAGAAGUCAAUAUAAGUACACGAUAAAUUCAACUUACAUGACCACGCCCACUCACCGCCCCUCUCCAUGAUGAAUGUGUGUGUGUGUGUUUGAUUGUGUGCGGAAUAAUUAAACACAUGAAUGCAAUGAAUUACUAUAAUAAUUAUGGAAAAGUAUGCUGGCAAAUAUUUGCACAACGUCCAUGAGAUUUUUACCCCUUCACCUCGUAGUUAACCCUUUUAUUUGUUUUAUCGCUGUUGCUGUUUAAUGUGUGCCGAGUGCCGAGCGAAGGGAUUUUUGUAUUUUGGUAUUAUGAACUGAACCAGAGCAAAUUUGCACAGCGCACACAAAACACGGCAAACAGAACAUUCUAGUUUUUACCGAAUUCCCCCCCGUUUUAUCUGCGUACCUCAUUUUUGACAGCGCAGAAUGAAUGAUUCAAUUAAAGCAUUGUUCGUCCGUUUUAAUGGACGUAGGAUCUGAUCCUGAAACUGAAACUGAUAGGAGAACCCUGUACAUAGGCCAUUUUAAUUACAUCAUUCUCGCACAGACAGAGGCAAUAUUUUAUUCAUUUUAAAUCGUUUUAACUAAUUAAAACCAAAUGGAAACCGCGAACAGAGCGAGAGCAAAAGACAAGUGUAAACACGCAAAUAGAGUAAUGGUAAUGAAAAAUGAGAGCCCAGCAACUAGAGGAAAUUUAAACUAUGCUUUUAACUACGUUUCCCAUUUCCCACGACUGCCACGCGUUUUUCCGCACGGAGAUGGAAAACGUAACUAUGAUUUUAAUUACUCUGCUUGAACGCAAAUGAAAGGCACACACAGAUCCAGAUACCUAGACGCCAAAUGUAUCUGCGUAUCUUGAUCUGCAUCUCUGUUCGGUGCAUGUGGCAUGCAUUGAAGGCCGAAAAAGCGGUAAAAAUUAACUUUUUAUAAGCGCUGCGAAGUGCCAAAAAAAUUAAAUUCGAAUGAUGAAUAGUAGAAACAAGUUUUGUACAAUUCCAUAAAAAACGCAUUGCAUAUUACAUUUUAACUUGAUUCCAUUCAAAAGCUAAAAUUAGCCAAACCCUACCAGCCACACAGAAUCCAUCACGAAUCCAUGCACACUUGAAUACUUGUCGUACACGCAUUUAUAAAUAAAAAACAUCCCGACAGGACAGUUGGCUGCAGGACACACGGAUACGGACACGAACAUGACAGACCGGAAAAAGCGAACAUUUAACAAACAAUAUAACCGAGAAUACAUUGUAAUAGCAUUAAUAGAUUGUCAAGCUUUAUUACACACUAUAUUAACAUAGAUGGAAUAAUAAUAAUUAUUAUUAUUACAGUAAUAAUACGAGUAACUGGCGAACACAAAGAGAAAUAUGAAUAAAUUUAAUAAAACCAAAAACAAA